AUGGAGAAGAAAAGCUCUUCUAAGAGACCACACUGUCUGGUGUUGACAUACCCACUUCAAGGACACAUCAAUCCCAUGCUUCAGUUCUCCAAGUUAUUGGAAAAUCAAGGGGUGAGAAUAACACUUGUGACCACUCUUUCUUUCUACAGUAAGUUGCAAAGUGUGGCUUCUUCCAUUGCUAUUGAAACCAUUUCUGAUGGGUUUGACAAAGGUGGCGCCGAAGAAGCUGGAGGAUUAAAGACCUACUUGGACAAGUUUUGGCAAGUGGGGUCAGAAACUUUUGCUCAACUUCUUGAGAAACUUGGUGAAUCAAAAGAUGACCAAGUUGAUUGUGUUGUUUAUAAUGCUUGUUUACCCUGGGCACUUGAUGUUGCCAAGAGAUUUGGGAUAGUUGGAGCUUCUUAUCUCACUCAAAAUAUGAGUGUGAAUAGUAUAUACUACCAUCUUCACUUGGGAAAGUUGCAGGUUCCACUCACACAACAUGAGAUCUCUCUUCCUGCCUUGCCCAAACUUCAUCCUCAGGACAUGCCUUCUUUCUUCUUUGAUGGUGAUCACACUUCGCUUGAUUUUGUUCUGGGUCAGUUCUCCAAUAUUCACAAAGCUGAUUGGGUCCUGUGUAACACAUUCCAUGAGCUGGAUCAAGAGAUAGUAGAUUGGGGUGUGAAGAUUUGGCCAAAAUUAAAGACCAUAGGACCAAAUAUACCCACUUUCUUCUUAGAUAAAAGAUGUGAAAAUGACCAAGAUUAUGGAAUUACACAAUAUAAGAGUGAAGAAUAUUGCAUGGAAUGGCUUGAUGGUAAGCCUAAAGGGUCUGUUGUUUAUGUAUCAUUUGGGAGUAUGGUUGCCUUGAGUGAGGAAAAAAUGGAAGAAAUUGCUUCUUGUUUGAGAGAGUGUUCAAGUUAUUAUUUCUUGUGGGUGGUGAGAGCUUCUGAAGAAACCAAACUUCCCAAAGAUUUUCAGAAAAGAACAGAAAAGGGUUUGGUAGUGACAUGGUGCUCUCAACUGAAGGUUCUUGCUCACGAGGCUGUGGGGUGUUUUGUGACACACUGUGGUUGGAAUUCCACGUUAGAAACUUUGUGCUUAGGAGUCCCAACAGUUGCAGUACCAUUUUGGUCAGAUCAGAACACAAAUGCAAAGUUUAUUGCAGAUGUUUGGAAAAUUGGAAUUAGAACUUCAACUGAAGAUAAAAAAGUUCUGCUUCGAGAAUCUCUAAAACAUUGUAUAGAAGAGAUAAUGGACAGAGACAAUGAGAUGAAAACCAAUGGCCUUAAAUGGAGGAGUUCAGCUCUAAGAGCUGUCAGUGAAGGUGGAAGUUCUUAUGAAAAUAUUGUAGAAUUUACCAGCAGUUUAUCACUUCAAAAGUUGCAUGGUUCAUCUAAAUUUGUCUGA